AUGACUAAAUUUCAAGAAAAACAAUUGAAACUAUUUGGUUCAGAUAAAAUAUGUGUGGACUCAACGCAUGGAACAACAGGCUAUGAUUUUCUGUUAACAACACUUAUGGUUGUUGAUGAAUUUGGAGAAGGGGUGCCUACUGCUUUCUUGCUUUCAAACAGGGCGGACACCAAUGUCUUAACAUAUUUUUUUAAUUCUAUUAAAGAACAAACUGGUGACAUAAAAUGUAACGUGUUUAUGUCUGAUGAUGCUCCAGAAUUUUUUAAUGCAUGGACAAAUAUUAUGAGCAAACCAGAGAACCACCUCCUUUGUGCUUGGCACAUUGAUAGAAAUUGGCGUAAGAACUUAAAUAAAAUUAAAGGUGAUCAAGCGAUGAAGGCAAAAGUAUAUAAGUACUUGCGUUUGUUGUUACAGUCAACUGAUCCUGCCGAUUUUGAAGAUAUGCUAAAUUUUGUAUUAUCGGAAUUACUUGCUUGUGAGGAAACUGCGGCAUUUGGACAAUAUUUCAAAACUUACUAUGCAGGUCGUUGUAAUUUAUGGGCAUAUUGUUACAGAAAAGGACUAGGAAUUAACACAAACAUGUACUUAGAAGCAUUGCAUCGAACACUGAAACAUGUCUAUUUUCAAGGAAAAAAAAAUAAAAGGGUAGACACUUGUUUGUAUGCUCUUUUAAAUUUAGUACGUGAUAUAGUAAUAAAAAAAUUGAAGAAAAAGGUUAAAGGUAAUAAUUCAUACAGAAUGAACUUGAUAAAGAAAGCACAUGUAAGAAGUCAAGAUAUUAAAUUUAAAGACAUCUGCAAAAUAGAUGAAAACAACUAUAAAAUAAAAUCAAUUCAAAAUAAUACUGAGUAUCACGUUCAAAAGGUAGAUGAGUGUUUAAAAAUAAAUAAAAGUUGUCAUAUUUUUUGCAGCGAAUGUAAGACUUGUAUCCAUGAAUUUACCUGUACUUGCGUGGAUUUUUUUAUCAAAAGUAAUUUCUGCAAACACAUACAUGCCGUCAUUAGAAAUAAUUUCCAGCCAUUGAAACCCAUUCAAAAAACUGAGACAGAAACUGAUGGUAUUAUCCAAACUGUGGUAAAUGAAAAUAUCAUUAAAAAAGGAGAUUGUGAAAACCAAGAUCUUAAAGUUAAGCUGGAUAUAAUGUAUGAAUUAAUUUCUUCAAAAAAAUUAACUUCUGAUGUUAAAUUGAAAGUUGGAAAAAUGAUGGACAAUAUACUAAGUUUGAUUGGAAACGAAACUAAGACAUUAAAAGAUGUUUACAAUGAGCCUGGCAAUAAGAAGUAUGAAAAACAAGUGAGGUUUGUGAGUACUAAGAAAAAGCAAACUCCAAAAUCAGAAGAUUUACUUCAAAAGCCAAGCACCUCCGGCAUGAAGUCACUUCUAGAAGAUUGUGAAAAUAAAAUCAGAGAAAAUGAUCACUUGUAUACAAAAGAAAUAGGGAUUUUUAUGAAUAAAUAA